AGGCCAAUUGCCCGCUGUGGCGGAGCUCAGCUACCUAGACAAGGUGAAGUGGCUCGAGAUGUACGGCGUGGACCUCCACCCUGUUCUGGGUGAAGACAACGUGGAGUAUUUCCUUGGGCUGACUCCGAGUGGUAUCAUCGUCUUAAGGAACAAGAAUAAAGUGGGGAAUUAUUACUGGCCCAGAAUUACCAAAAUAUACUUCAAGGGCAGAUAUUUCAUGCUUCGAGUUUGCGACAAAAACAAUGAUGAGAACACGUAUGGCUUUGAGACACCUUCCAAGCCUGCAUGUAAGCAUUUGUGGAAGUGCUGCGUGGAACAUCAUGCUUUCUUCCGGUUAGUUCAGGUGUCACCAGCCACUCCAGAUAUCUUCGCCUUGGGCUCUAGAUUUAGGUACAGUGGCCGAACAGAGAAACAAGCACAGAGAGAUGCCCAGCUGCGGUUGCGCAGUCCGCCGCAGUUCACACGAACGCCAAGUCGGCGGUAUCAGCGGCGUAUAGUAGAAGGAGCACAGGACACUCCAAAGGUUGAAGAAAAUGUGAAUAAUGAAAACAUUCCUCCUCAAGAAAUGAAGACAGUUUCAAUACCCCAACCAGCUCAGUCGGUUGGUAGCCUGUACCGAUCAACGUGCAGUAUUCCAGCCGUCUUGCCAUCACAUCCUCGCCCAGAUUCACCGCGCAGCACUCGCAGUGCUCCUUGGACACAGCCUCAUGUCCGUGGCCUCUACACCACUUCCAGCCCUCGAUCUGUUAGGUCUGCUGGAAAUAACAGUCAGCUACUUAGUCGUCUCACCAGGAGGUCAUCAAGCGUGGAAAGCCAAAGUUCGAAUGAUUCCCGCUCCUGUAAAAGACAUCGACAUCAUCGCAGUCGUCGGGGAUCUGACAAUGAAAGUGAAUUAUCAAAGUGUUCAGGAAAGUCACAUGGCCACAGGCGGCACCGACACCGUUCCCAUGGAAACAAACGUGACUCAGGUUCUGAGCAAGAUCAGCACCAUCGACAUCGACACAAGGGAUCCAGCAGACACAGGCAUGGCAGCCAUUAUGAGCUGGUAGAUUCUGAGGCCCAGUGGAAAGAGGUGCAGCGAAAACAGGCUGAGGGUGGGACAGACAUUCACCAAGCUACAGUGAUAACCAACAGGCGCUCUGGUUAUAUGAACAGUGGCAUGGAAACUGAAUCAGAAGUUUCAUAUCAUCACAAACGCAAACAGAAGAAGCAUAGGUCAAGAUCUCGUUCUCCAUCAGAGAAUAAAGCGCGAUUACCAGACGAACUCAAGAAACACCUAGAGUUUGAUCUAAUUGACACAGAUGGCAUGAGUGAAGCACAACUUAGGGAGAUUCCUUACAAAGUAAUUGAAACAAAUGCAAAGACUAUGCGUGUUAAGAUGUCCCCAAACAGCAAACAAAGUCAGCAUUCUCCUAGGAGAACUAAAAGCUGCUCCACUCAGGAAGAGAGAUGCCCACCUCCCAGCAGUGGAGACAGCCCACCUCCCCCAUACUCACCACCACAGGCCCCUCCUACAGGAACUGAGGUUCCUGGAACUCUCAAGUCGAGCUCCAUGGCUAACCUAGGUGAGACUGAACAUCAGUCUCCAAACAACGGUACUGACAAUAGCACCACAGUAACUGACAUCAAUAAGAAUUCAAGCUCCAGCCCUGCCAGUCAUAGUCCUGCUGGGUCCUUGAGGAGUAGGAACAACAAUAACAACAAUAAUCACCUUCCAAG